AUGUUAUGGCGUUUGGUUUCUUGCAUCGGCAAACAUUUUUAUCCUUCUUUUGUCUUAUGUGUCAGCAUAUUCUAUCUUGUUAAUUCUUCUUUGCAUUAUCCACCGAAUCAAAAUGAAAUUCAACAUGCUUACAUUUCCUCAUUACCAAAUCACGAUCAUCGAAUCAAACGUUCUUUGUCAGAUAAAUUUAAUAUUCAUGUUCAUUAUGAUAAGAGUAUUGAGAGAUUAUCAAAGUCGGAAAGGUCUUUAAUAAAAAAUGCAAUCGAUGAUUCAAUUGAUUAUUGGAGUCGUACAAUUCGUCCAAAAUAUAAAUUAAUUGAUCCAAUACAUUUAACAAGAGCCUGUCCAGCACGAAAAGUUUUUAUUGUUGAGAAUGAUAAUAAAAUACAUUAUUGUGAUGGCACGUGUGCAUCUGAAACGAAAUGUGGAGAUGUGAUUGUACCAGAAAAUCAUCUGGAACUCUGCUAUGUUUGUGACAAAGGUCAUUCGUGUAAACAGACUGGUAAACGUGGAGAUGGUAUUAAAUCCGAAUUUUUAUUAUACGUAUCAGCACUACAAACAACACGAUGUGAAUCUGUUGAUACACUAGCAACAGCAUCAUUUUGUCAAUUAGAAUUUGAAAAAGAUCGGCCAAUAUCUGGUAACAUCAAUAUUUGUCCACAAAAAUUAUAUGGAGAUCAAUCAAUUAAUUAUAAUGGAAUAUUAAAUACAAUUAGGCAUGAAAUAUUACAUACUUUAGCAUUUUCAUCUGGUUUAUUUGCUUUCUUUCGUGAUCAAAAUGGUAAUGCUUUAACAGAACGUGAUCCACUCACACGAUGGCCAAAAGUGUUUGACGAAAAACUUCAAGUUUAUAAAUGGGAUAAUAAAGUAGCUCAACAGUUUGUUCGUGAGAAUUGGAAAAUUCGUGGCGGUAGUAUGAAUAGAACCGUAUGGCUAAUUACUACACCAAAAGUGAAAGAAGUUGUUCGAGAACAUUUCAAUUGUUCAACACUAGAAGGUGCCGAAUUGGAAGAUCAAGGUUCUUCUGGAACAGCUCUUACUCAUUGGGAGAAACGUUUAUUUGAGCAUGAGAUAAUGACUGGAACAUAUACCCAAGAGUCUGUUAUAUCAAAUUUAACUUUGGCAUUAUUAGAAGAUAGUGGAUGGUAUGAUGUUUCAUACGAUCAAUCGAAACCGUUAUUAUGGGGAAAAAAUUCUGGUUGUGAUUUUGUUAAAAAGAGUUGUAAAGAAUGGAUUGAUGCAAAAUUGAGCAAAAAUGAAAAUCCCAGUCCAUAUUGUGUUACAUCUCCGGAAUAUUCAAAACGGAUAUGUUCAUAUACCCACGAUACAAUUGUAAUGUGUAAUCUUGUUCAGUACAGUUCUCCAAUACCUGCUGAGUAUCAGAUAUUUGAUUCAUUACCAAAUGUUACAAACAAAGCGGCUCUUGCGUAUUAUGGUGGACAUGUUUCAUUUGCUGAUUAUUGUCCAUAUAAUCAAGAAUUAUCCUUUAAAAAUUCAAAACGUGAUUCACGAUGUUAUUUAGAAGAAAAUCAGCCAUUAAAUGUUGAAAAUUAUGCUCUUGAACAAUAUUCGUCAAAAUCUAAAUGUUUUAAUCAUGGUUCAGUAUGGAAUCAAUAUUUUGAUAAAUGUCAAAUGAGACGACGUAUUACACUUCAAACUGCUGGAUGUUAUCAGUUUGAAUGUGUUGAAUCUGAAGGAAUCUAUAUUCAUGUUGGCAAUGAUAAAUAUCAUUGUGAAUAUGCUGAACAAAAUAUAACAAUACAAUCAAUCGAAUAUCAAUCUAUUUAUGUUGGUUCAAUUAUUUGUCCUCAAUGUGAAAUAUUCUGUGGAACGAAUUUUAAAUGUCCAAAACAAUUGACUAAGAUGCCAUCUGAUCAACAAAAAUUGUUACCACUGUCUGAUUUAUGUGUUGUGAAUGAGAACAAGUUACCCAAUUAUCCGUCAGAUGUUGAAUGUGCCAUUUUGCGGCAGUGUUUAAAAUCAUGCUAA